AUGCGCCUCCUCGUGCGCGCCACGCACGCCGACGGCCGCGCGCUGCGCGUGCGCCCGGCGACGAGCACGCCGUUUGUCGUGGCGACGCGGCGCGUGCGGAACGACCUCAAGGCAGACAUCGCCAGCGUGGACGAUCCGGUCGGCACGCUGCUGCACAUGGGGCGGGAGACCAUCAGAAAGCUAAAGAAUCUGCGGACUGCCGCGGAGCAGGCCGGGAAGGAGAUCAACAUACCCGAGAACCGGGUCGUGAAGGUGGGAGACUUUCAGGCCCUCGUCCGCCGCGCCGACCAAGACGGCCACCUGCGGCAGCAGCUGCGCUGUGUGCUCAAGCUGUCAGAGGACAAGUGGAAGGAGGCGCGGGAGCGCGCGCUGCGGGCGGUGGUGCCGGACAACAGGAUGAGGGCUUGGUACGCCAACAGGAGGUGA